AUGGCGGUGGCCAUGGCACUAGGUUCCCUGGGCAUGGUGGCCCUGGGCACCUUCGUGGUGGCCCUGCUGCUGCGGUGGCUCUGGGAUGUGCUGGUGGCUGUCACCCGAUUCCGGGCCACUUGUCGCCAGCUGAACAAGUUCCCUAUCCCAUCCUGCUGCAACUGGUUGCUGGGACACACCGGCAUUGACGAGAACGGCCACACCCUGUCGGACGAGGACAUCGCGGCUGAGGCUGACACCUUCAUGUUUGAGGGUCAUGACACCACGGACAGUGGCCUGGCAUGGCUCUUCUACAACCUGGCUGGCCACCCUGAGCACCAGGAGCGAUGCCGCCAGGAGGUCCAGGAGCUCCUGGCUGGCCAGGACACUGCAGACAUUGACUGGGAGGACCUGUCCCAGCUGCCCUUCACCACCAUGUGCAUCAAGGAGAGCCUGCGGCUGCACCCUCCUGUCACUGCUGUGUCCCAGUGCUGCACUGAGGACAUCCCCCUGCCUGAUGGCCGUGUCAUCCCCAAGGGGGUCAUCUGCCUGAUGAGCAUCUACGGGACCCACCACAACCCAGACCUCUGGCCUGAGCCUGAGGUGUUCAACCCUCUGAGGUUCAGCCCUGAGAACAGCAAGGGACAGUGCCUGUUGUCCAUCAUCCCCUUCUCUGCUGGCCCCAGGAACUGCAUCGGGCAGAGCUUUGCCAUGGCUGAGAUGAAGGUGGCAGUGGCACUGACACUGUCCCGGUUUGCGCUGCGGAGGGACACGGCGAGGCCACCCCCGCGCCGCAAGCCCGAGCUGAUCCUGCGUGCUGAGGAUGGGCUCUGGCUGCUGCUGGAGCCACUGGGAGUAGCUGAUGGACACGGGUCACCAGGACAUGGGGACAUCCUGCCACGGAGCUGUCACAGCCAGGGGAAGAGCAGGGAAUAA